CAUAUUUACAUGAGAUAUCUUCUGUAAUGCUGAAGAAAGCUUAAAGCUUUGGAAAUUUCAAUGGAUAAAUGGGGUUUCUUCUGGCUUUAGUACCAGUUGAAAGAUGGAUGACGAUGACUUUGGAGGAUUUGAGGCAGCAGAGAGUUAUGAGUGUGGAAAUGGUGAAAAUCAGACUACAUCCCCUGCUAUUGCUUGGGCAGCAUUUCCUACAGUAUCUGAAGUCCAUAUAUCUCCCGAUGUUCUUCUGGAGCAUUCUAUGCCUUCUUCCUGCCUGGUUCCUUCUGACUCAUUCACUUUAUCAACCGAUAACGCGGCAACAGCUAUUCAAACAGCCAACAAUGUUAUAAACCCAGCUGUUCUUGAAGAACAGAUUCAAGCAGAUAUUGCAGUUGCCUCUCUGAAUGUAACUGAAGACAAGACUUCAGUUACAUCAACCAUUGCUUUGGUUGAUGCUGAGACACAGAGAACAAAUGAACCAAAGAGCUACCUUCAACAAGCUGUUGCAAACCUAGAAAUCAAGCUUUGCACUGCUGAAGAAGAAAAAUUAAAAAUUAAAAAGGAAUUAGAAUAUUUACUGGAAAAACAUAGUAUUCUAGAAAUGGAUUUCUUGAAGGAAAAAAAAGAAAACGUAAUUUCACAUCAAGAUCAUUACAAGACACUCCAGGAAAAGCAUAAGCAGGAGUUGGAAGACAUGAGAAAAGCUGGACAUGAAGCCUUGAGUAUUAUUGUUGAAGAAUUCAAGGCACUGCUACAAUCUACAGUUCAACAGCAAGAAGCAGCUAUUGAAAAACAGUAUAUACUAGCAGUUGAAAAACAUUCUCACAAAUGUGAAGAACUUCUUAAUGCUCAGCAUCAGUGUCUUCUCAACAUUUUGGAAGCAGAGAAGGAAGUGUUAUCAGAAAAGAUAGAAGAAGCUUUGAUGCAGCAGUCGCAAAAACACAAGGAAGUGCUUGACAAAUGUUUGGAUGAAGAAAGACAAAGAAGUAAGGAGGCUGUGGCAGCUGCUGCAAAGGCUGAAAAAGAAGUUGUGCGGGAGGCUGUUCUGAAAGCAGUAGAGGAGGAGAGGAAAAAUAUGGAGAAGAUUCAUGCAGAAGAAAGAAAAAUGUGGAAAGCAGAACGUGACAGACAUAAGAUUGCCCAGGCUGUUUGGGAAGCCAUGCAAGAGCAAAGAAAGCAUAAUCAAGAAAUGGUCAAGGAAGCCUUAAUGGAAGAGCAAAAACGAAGUGAAAAGGCAAUCGAAGAAGCAGUGAAAAGGACAAGAGAGGAACUGAUGGAAUAUAUUAAAGAGCAGAAAAGGCUUGAUCAAGUUGUCCGUCAGAGAAAUCUGUAUAGUUUGGAACUUUUCCUCUCAUGUGCACAGAAACAGUUAAGCGUUUUAUUAAAGGAAGAGCCAACCACUACAGAGGAAAACAGAGAGACUGGCAUUCUCAAUACCGCUGAUACAGUGUAAUUUGUGAAGCUGCAAAUCUCAAUCCAGCAAAUGACAAAUAUACUCUAAUCAUUUGGGAUUGUAUCAUUGAUUCAAGAUUGAUCUGAAACUAUGCUUGAUAGAAGUAUUUGUGGAUGAUGUUCUUUUAUUUAUUUAUUUAUUUUACUACUAUUAUCAGAUUGCAAAUAUGGGAGGGAAGAAAAACCCUGGAAAAAAUUGCUUUUGUUUAUGAUUUUUCUUUCAUUAUAUUUUCUAGUAGCCCAUGAUUGAAGUUCUAGAUAACUGCAGCAAUGAAGAAAAUGUUUCCCUGUUAUGUCUGUUUUAAAUUUGGCAUCGUGUGUUGAUGUAAUUUAUCAGUAUUUUUGGUAUUUUAAAACAUGGAGAAAAACAUUUAAUUGAAUACAGAUACAAAUUCAUCUCUAUUUCCAAAGCAUAUGCCCAAGUGUGUUGCCUCAGGUGAGCCUGAGGAGCUUACUUUUUCUUACUACUUUUGAUGUAUAACAGAAGAAUCAGUACUGAAACAUAAGAGUGUUGACAGGCAUUUCUUUACUCAUUUAUAAACAACUCCAGCUCUAGUAAUAGAAAAGUUUAAAAACUAAACAGUGCAUCUUUUUAGAGUAGUGCAAAACAUUGCCAUAACCGAUGUAUAGUAUGUAUUUUAUUUCUGUUUUACAAAGCUAUUUUGAUUCCAAAAGUCAUUUUCUCAUGAAAGUACGAUUAAUGUGACUGACCUCAGUUUCAGGAAGAAGAUGUAUGUAAUUAUGUGGAGACUGAUACUGCACUGCCUCAGUGGAAUUUCUGACAGAAUGAGGAGUGCAGCUUGCUGACCUCAGAUGCCCUUUCUAAACCCGUUGAAGGAAGUAAAAAAACUCCCCGCUGACAUUAUUGGACUUUGGAUCAAGUUGUAGGUCUUUCUAGUCUUGCUAACGGCAGCAUGGAGGGGAAUUUCUGUGCCUACACUCUAUUGAUUGUAGAUUUGAGGCCUUAGUUAUAAAAGAGUUCUGAAUGAAAUACGGGAAAAUAAAUGUUCAUGCUUAGGAAUGUAAAUAAACUGAGAAUGAUAUC